UCGCAGCUUUCGCAAAGCAUCAUCCGAGUGUAAGUUAAGUCAAAAUGCAUUUCUCGCCCGCGACAAGCUACGAUGCAGAUAAUAAAAUAUGGAGCGGUCCCCCAGAUUCAUAUUAUUUUGCUCCUGAGCUAUCCAUAGGGGAAAUAAUUUAUGAAGAGAUGCGAAGGCAUCCAAAACUAAUAGCCCAGAUUUCCGACACAGAAAAUACUAUUCUAACACACGAGGAGCUGCUUCUUAACUCGAUACGAGUUGCCACAUAUAUGCGUAAUCAGGGCUUGAAUCAAAACGAUAUUGUUGGCAUUAUAGCCAGGAAUACUACACAUAUAUUUGCCGUAACAUAUGCGUGUUUUUUUAACGGCAUUGCCUUCCAUUCGCUUAAUAUUCUCCACGAUCAGGAGACUAUUGAAAGGCUAUAUAAUCUAACAAAACCCUGUUUGAUCUUUUGUGAUGGGGAUGAAUACGAGAAGGUUCGAGCAGCUACCAAAGAUUUGAAUGUACAAAUUAUUACAAUGAGAAAUCACACAAAAGAUUCGUUUAGUAUUGAAGAAGUGCUAGCUACGCCAGUUGGGGAAAAGUUUCAAACAGCUCGCCUAGAGAAGGGCAACGAUCAAACGUUGGCGAUACUCUGCUCGUCGGGCACAACAGGAGAUCCAAAGGCUGUAACAAUCAGCAAUAGCCGAAAGAUUCUCAAUCCCAGCCCUCCCCUGACUACAACCGAUGUACAGUUUGGCAGUAGCACUCUAGACUGGCUUUCAGGCCUUCUAACAACAGUGAUUUCUGGAGUUUAUAGCACGACCCGUAUUAUAACAGAUUGUGGCUUUGAUGCCGAAUACUUCUUUUACCUCGUUGAAAAAUACAAGAUCACAUGGGCAAUGCAAGGUACUGCUAGUAUGGCUCUGAUGGCAAACUCUGAGGAAUUUGAAAGGGCAGACUUUUCGAGUCUAAGAUACUUUUUUUAUGGUGGUUCCCGUUGCUCGCUGGAAGUACAGCAUAAGCUACGCCGUGUUUUUAGUCUGGAUUGCAUGCAUUUUGCUUACGGACUCACCGAGCUGGGCACUCUGGCAUCUGUGAAUUACCAUUUCGAUAAGAAACCAAACUCUUCAGGUCGUCUGACAAAUGGUUUUAAGCUAAAGAUAAUCAACAAACAGGGCGAGGCUCAGGAACCUGAUGCGGUGGGCGAGAUCUGCAUCUACAGCGGCCAAUAUUGGGACGGUUACUAUGGCAAUCGAAAAGAAUCACAACAUAUACGCGAUAACAAUCUGUGGUUUCACACCGGCGAUUUGGGUUACAUGGAUGAUGACGGUUUUCUUUAUAUAGUAGAGCGAAAGAAGGAUAUGUUAAAGUAUAAAACGAUGAUGUAUUAUCCUCAUGAAAUAGAAAGCGUCAUCUCUAAAAUGCCUGAUGUGGCCGAUGUUUGUGUGUUUGGAGUUUGGAAUCCAUACACUGGCGAUGAGGCAGCUGCAGCAGUUGUCAAAAAAAAGGGAAGCGAUCUUCAUGCCCAGGAUGUGCUCGACUAUGUAAUGGAACAUGUAGAUGCCACAUACAAACAGUUGAAUGGUGGUGCUUUAAUUGUCGAUGAGCUAAAGCGAUCAGCCAACGGCAAGACAAAUCGAUUGGCAACCAAAGCGUAUUUCUUAGAAGUAAAGGACAGAAAUUAGACACAUAACAUCUGAAAUUAUAGCCACAACGACUUAAAAGUUAAUGAACAAUCGAUAAAAUCAAAACAUUGUUCUAUCUUGAAAUGUUACAUAAGUAUAAAACUAACUAAAGAUGUUUAGAUACAUAUACAUAUGUAUAGUCAAAAGCAGCUCCGAAAAUUAUUCAAAUUCAAUGAGGAAAUUAAAAAGUAAAUUGAAAGAAUUGCACAUUAAUUUGAUACAAUAGUUUUUAGUUGUAUGAGUUAAUUGCAUUUUUAUCGAAUCUCAAACAGUAUCCUACCAGUAUCCUUAUUUCUAUUAUCUGAAGAAUUAACAAAUAUCAGCAACACUCCAUUUCUAGUUAAGGAGAUAAAUUUCAAAAGCUAAAUUUAUACCUUGAUGUCAAUUUAAACACACAUUAUAAUCGUGACUUAAUUUGUAUUAUAACCUUUAUCCAAUGCAUAGUAAAAUUAAAAUCUAAAAGAAACAA